CUGAUCUGAGUCUGAUUUGUCUGGUUGAGAUGUUAAAUGUUUGUGAAAUGGUCGUCGCUUGUACUUGAUGAAUUUUGAGCCCCGCGAAUCAUUGGUGUUGGAGAUUUAAGCUUCGUAUGAUUUCAGUUUCUCUGAAGACACUUACAGAGAGACACUUCGUCACUAGCAGAUGAAGGGAUGAGCCGCUCUGCUGUGACCGGGCAGGAUGCGCAAGAAGCGAACAAUGGUGUGGACACAUCUGACUGUCCCAAAGCUUCAGAUUGGUCAGAACCUCAUGGAUUCACCACUCAGGGGUUAAAGUUCAGGGAUGGGGCUGAUUUUGAGGCUCACGAUGGGUCACCUGCCCUGUCAGAGACUCUCAAACACACUCUUCACCACAUGGACUCAUGUAGAGAUGCACACACAGAUCGCUCCGAGUCCACACCUACUGAGUCACUGGUUCAGCACAACCAAUGUGCACAUAUUCUAACUGAAGACAGCUCACUCAAGGACACGCACUCCUGUGAGAAUGAACGAAUACACAGCCACUAUAAAAAAGAACUGGAAGAAUGGAGAGGGGAGGAGAAUGAGAAAAAGACAAGUGAUGGUGAGGUAAACAAUAUCAACAAGAGAGAGAUCAAGCGAAAAAAGGAGACCCUUAUUUCUGUUCAGUCAGUUGGUCUGCUCUCAGCUGAACACCCUUCAACUCGCUCUGAACCUGAGGAAUGGGCCGAUAUUGAUUCAAUGGAUAAAGUCCAGCCAAAUGCUUCCAUUUCUCCUGAUGAGGCCCCUCCCCUUGUUCCGGCCCCUCCUCCCAACCAGGCCACACCCCCUCUGCUGCCAGACCUGGCUGAUUCUCCGUGCCCGGCUCACGUGAUGGCAGAGGUGCGUGUGCGGUCAGUACCAGAGCGAGAUCGCGUCGUGCGUGGCAUGCAGGACAGUAAGAGUCUGGAUGAGAUCAGUGGGGCGUGUGGGGGUGGGGGACGAGGAGGCGUGGCUAGAGGAGGCCAGGUGGAAGGCCGCAGAGCUACCAUAUCCAGUGCCCUCGAAUUGGAGGGAACGGUCAGCCAUGAUGGAGAUCUCACGCACUUCAUCGCCAAAAAUCUUGAAGAUAAGAUUAAAAUGAGCUCGCGGCUAAGUCUGGACACGGAUUCGGACUGUUCUGGGCCUGUGGUGCGUGGUCUUGGUUCUUUGCGUCGGCCGGCUGAUAUUCCGCCCAUUGACCCGUCAGUGCUGGUAGACCUGCACAAACACACACAGGAUGUGGCUCAGAGUGUAGAACUGAUGCUGCGAAGCCUCAAUGGAACUAUACAGAAUAUGACUGCUUUGAGUGUGGGUUAUAUCCAGACAUACAGAGAUUCUGUGGACAGUUUGGGAGAGUCAGUAGACAUGAGUAUAAAGGGAAUGUACACACUCAUGGCCCGGUGUGAGGAGCUAGAUCGCUCCAUGCAACCUAUACAUGCUCUUGCUGCUCAGAUCAGAGACAUCAAACGAACCCUUGAUGCCCUAGAGACCAUCUGCAAGUAACUAUGGCAACAAACCACACCUCCUGUCCCAAUGAAGACUCCAUCCCUAGGAGAAAAGCAGUGGCUCCGCCUUCUGCAGUCAUUCUGCUACACUCAGUGCAAUGGAAGCAUUUUGCUAACUAUAAUGUUUACUAGCAAUGCUCUGGAAGUUCUCGUCCCCUUAGAGAUAGCUUGAUUUUCACCCUUCUCUUCGGAGACCACAUCUUUAAUCACCUCCUUUUGUCUUGGCUCCUCCCCUCUAGAACGUUCGCACGACAAAAUUAACUCCUCCCUUUGAUUCAUGCCGUCCAGCAUCUUCCACGUGACCAGAGGAAGCACUCUUUGUUGUUGGUGGCUCUUGGGCGACUGAUUGGUUGUUGCCUGUUUAUGAAGUUAGUGUGUGUGAUUGGAACUUUUGGCAGGUAUUUAAAACAUAGAGUAGUUUAACACCAAUAUUUGCCAGUAUGGAAGCCAUGCUCUGUGUAUACUUGUUCCUCCCGGACGUCUUUGUUUCUGCAGCAUGGAUGCUAUGCAUCCCGGAUCAGUUCUUCUUUUCACAGUGACCAUUGUUAAAUGGAUAGUUCACCUGAAAACAAAUUCUGAAAUGAUUUACUCACCCUCAUAUUGUUGGAAACCUCUAUGACUUUCUCUUCCAUGGAGUGCAAAAGAAGAUUUUUUUUUUAAGAAUGUGCUUAAUGCUCAUGUUCAUACAGUCACCAUAAAUCAUGAUUAAUGACUUUUCAAUCCGUUUCUCACAUAAAGAUAUCAUAUGACUUUGAAAGAGUUGUGCGCACAUCAUAUGAACUACUGUUGUGAUGCACUUGCGUCUUUUUUGAAGCUUGAAAUGGUCAGGACAUUCUUCAAAAUAUCUUAUUUUGUGGUGAGUAAAUAAUGGCAGAAUUUAGUUUUUUUCGUUGUUGUUGGAUGAACUAUUCCUAACACAAGCACCAUAAUGGCCUACAAAUAUUGGACUCUUGAUGAAACUCUCUUGUGAGUCAUGAAAAAUGUCCUGUAAUUUGAUUAAUUAUUUUGUUGUCUGUAAGUAUUGAUCACAAGGACCUCACAAAUCAGAGGAAGGUCAGGAAAGAUUCUGAAAAAAUUUCAGGAUGGAUGGAAGUUUAUGAUCUUUACCUUUCUCUGUUUGUUCCUGUUUGAAUCGUCUUUCUUUAUCUCUGUCUUGCUAACUGUAACCCUGAUUUGUCCAACAAUCUGUCAUCAAUGUAUAUUUUAAAUUAUAUAAUAUAACAAAAUAAAUUUGCUAGAAUGAUA